CAGCAGACCCCGCGCCGCGCCUGCGCAGUGCUAGGGAGGCUUUUAAUUCCAUUGUGGAGAGGACUCGGCGUUAUUUUUAUUAACUGGAGGCGACGGCGGCUGCGGUGGCGGCGGCGGGACCCCCAGGCCUCCUCCGGGGUAUGAAAGUCGGCAGCGGGUUCCUGAGUAGCGGCGGCGGCGGCGGCGGCAGCGGUAGCAGCAGCAGCAGCGGCGGCGGCGGCGGCAGCGGCGGCGGCGGCGGCGGCGGCGGCGGCGGCGGCAGCGGCAGCGGCAGUAGCAGCAGCAGCAGCAGCAGCAGCAGCGGCGGCGGCGGCGGCGGCAGCAGCAGGAGGGCGGAGAUGGAACCCACCUUCCCCCCGAGUAUGGUCAUGUUCAACCACCGGCUCCCCCCGGUCACCAGCUUCACCCGGGCGGCGGUGGGGGCCGCCCCUCCCCCGCAGUGCGUGUUAUCCUCCUCCUCUUCCUCCUCCUCCUCAUCCUCCUCCUCCUCCUCUUCGACCUCCUCCUCCUCCUCUUCGGCCUCCAACUCCGCAGCCCCGGCCGCCGAACCUCCCCCGCCUCCUCCUCCUGCCCCGGACAUGACUUUCAAGAAGGAGCCCGCGGCGCCGGCCGCGGCCUACCCCCCGCAGAGGAACUCCUGGGGAUUUCUGCAAUCCCUGGUGAGCAUCAAACAAGAGAAGCCUACGGAGCCGGAGGAGCAGCAUCACCACCACCACCACCACUAUGGAGGACUGUUUGCAGGGGCGGAGGAGAGACCUCCCGGCCUAGGAGGCGGGGAGGGGGGGAGCCACGGCGUCAUCCAGGAUCUGAGCCUUCUCCACCAGCACGGCCAGCACCCACCCCCCCAGCACCACCGAGAUGUGUUACUCAGCAGUAGCAGGACAGACGACCACCACGGCAACGAGGAGCCAAAGCAGGACACUAAUGUCAAAAAGGCAAAGAGGCCAAAGCCAGAAUCUCAGGGAAUCAAAGCCAAGAGGAAGCCAAGUGCUUCUUCCAAACCUUCUCUGGUUGGAGAUGGAGAAGGUGCCAUUCUUUCCCCAAGUCAGAAACCUCACAUCUGUGAACACUGUAGCGCUGCUUUCAGGAGCUCCUACCACCUGCGCAGACAUGUUCUCAUUCAUACAGGAGAGAGACCUUUCCAGUGCAGCCAGUGUAGCAUGGGUUUCAUUCAGAAGUACCUACUGCAAAGACAUGAGAAAAUUCAUAGUAGAGAGAAGCCAUUUGGGUGUGAUCAAUGCAGCAUGAAGUUCAUUCAGAAGUACCAUAUGGAGAGACACAAGAGGACACAUAGUGGAGAAAAGCCAUACAAAUGUGAUACUUGUCAACAGUAUUUUUCAAGGACUGAUAGAUUAUUGAAGCACAGGCGCACAUGUGGUGAAGCCAUAGCUAAAGGAGCAGCUAGUGCAGAACCUGGGUCAUCAAACCAUAACAAUAUGGGUAAUCUGACUGUGUUGUCUCAGGGAAAUACAAGUUCUUCAAGGAGAAAAAAUAAGUCAAAAAGCUUAUCUAUUGAAAACAAGGAGCAUAAGACUGGUAAAGCAAAUGAAUCACAAAUUGCAAAUAAUAUCAACAUGCAGAGUUAUACAGUAGAAAUUCCUAUUGUGUCUUCCAGUGGUGGCAUAAUUGGCGCUGGUAUAGAUGAAUUGCAAAAGAGGGUGCCAAAGUUGGUCUUCAAAAAAGGAAGCAGAAAAAAUACAGACAAAAACUACCUUAAUUUUGUGUCACCAUUACCAGAUAUAGUUGGACAGAAAUCACUGUCAGGGAAACCAGGUGGUUCUCUUGGCCUAGUGUCCAAUAGUAGUGUGGAGGCCAUUAGUCUUCUCCAGAGUGCAGGUGGCAAGCAAGGCCAGCUAAGUAGCAACUAUGAUGAUGCCAUGCAGUUUUCAAAGAAAAGAAGAUACUUACAAACUGCCAGCGGUAACAGUGCCUUUUCUAUAAAUGUUGGACACAUGGCCUCCCAACAGUCUGUCAUCCAGUCUGCAGGCGUGAGCGUUAUGGACAACGAAGCGCCAUUAUCACUUAUUGAUUCCUCAUCUCUAAACACUGAGAUCAAGUCUUGUCAUGACAAGUCUGGAAUCCCUGAUGAAGUCUUACAAAGCCUCUUGGACCAGUACUCCAGUAAAUCUGAGGGGCAGAAAGAGGAUCCUUUCAAUAUAACUGAACGUGUUGAUUUACACCCCUCAGGAGAACAUUCAGACAUGGUUCAAGAGGAAAAUUUGAGCCCAGGCAACCAGACAUCUUCAAAUGACAAAGCAAACAUGUUGCAAGGAUAUUCCAAAUACAUCCAGCAAGCUUUUGAAAGAUCAGCCAAUAGCACUGGUUUUGCAUUUGGACCUGGUUUCCAGUUUGUUAGUUUGUCUUCAACUCUCCACAACCACACUUUAUUUCCAGAUAAACAAAUAUACACUACAUCUCCCCUGGAGUGUGGUUUCAGCCAAUCUGUUACCUCAGUGUUGCCAACUACAUUGCCAAAGCCUCCUUUUGGGAUGUUGCUUGGAUCUCAACCAGGUUUUUAUUUAUCUGCUUUGGAGGCCACCCAUCAGCAGCUGACUCCAUCACAGGAGCUGGAUGAUCUGAUAGAUCCGCAGAAAAACUUAGAGACUUCAUCAAGCUACCAGUCUACAUCUCAGAAAUUGACUAGCCAGAAGGAACAGAAAAACUUAGAGUCCUCCACAAGCUUUCAGAUUCCAUCUCAGGAGUUAACUAGCCAGAUAGAUCCUCAGAAAGACAUAGAGCCUAGAACAACGUAUCAAAUUGAGAACUUUGCACAAGCAUUUGGUUCUCAGUUUAAGUCGGGCAGCAGGGUGCCAAUGACCUUUAUCACUAACUCUAAUGGAGAAGUGGACCAUAGAGUAAGGACUUCAGUGUCAGAUUUCUCAGGGUAUACAAAUAUGAUGUCUGAUGUAAGUGAGCCAUGUAGUACAAGAGUAAAGACACCAACCAGCCAAAGUUACAGGUAAGGUCCCAAGUGUGACCAGGCUGGGGGUCUUACAAUGUAAUUUUGUUUUAUUUUGAGAACACUGCCAUUGGAAUGUUUCUACAUGAUCCUAUUAAGAAUAAUGUAACAUGCCCUUUCAAUGCAACUUUUCAUAUUUAGUUUAUUUUGUUAGUGUGAUUUUAGCUCUGUUUGUAUUAUGAUUUUUAAUCAAAAUCAAUAGAUUAAAAAUAGUUUGACAUUCAAAGUGACAAUGUUUAGCAAUCAAAUUUACAUGUAUAGAUUGUCAGGGAAUAGCCCAAAAGUUUUAAAUGCAAAAAAAAAAACCUACAAAAAAAUUUUGUUCCUAGGAUUAAGGUUUAUUCUAAUUGCUUUACUCUCAGGAAAGUGUAAUAACGCAUGGGAAUUCUAUACAUUAUCACUGUAUUGGAAUAUCCAACUUGCAGAUAGAAGAAUGAUAUACAUUUCAACAUUUAAGUAAGGGAUCUAAAACAUUUCAAAUUGCUAUCUCUAUCUGGGCUGAUCCAAAAUUCUGAGAUGUUGGCUACCUAUAUUUUGUUGCAGCUUUUCAAAUGUACUCUGAUCUUCCAAACCACAUUCAUUCCAGACUGGUAGAACAAAUAUUCUUGGAUCUUUGAUCAAAGCCUGGAAUGAUAGCUUUAAUAUAAAGAAGAAUGAAAAGCGCCCUCCCCUCAUCCCAACUAUAACAAGGCUGUAAUUCCAUUAAGAGAUUCUAGUGACAUCAACAAAAAUUGAAACCCUAGUGGUUGGUUCAUAUCACAAGAACCCUAAGAUGGUAUUAUGUAAUUUAUACAAAUUUUGGGGAUGCAUUUAUUAUACAUGGUUUAAAACAUUUUCUCUUCCACUUGUCUUCUAGUAUAUCAUACAUCCUUCUGUGUUUUGUCCUUGUUCUUAACCCAGUUCUUCAAGGUUCUUGGGCCUUCCCUCCUUGCUCCCCUCUCCCUAUCUUGACAGUUUGAAUUUUUAAAUGAUUUACAUUCCGAAACAUAAUUCAUUAUGUACUUUUAUAUGUCUUAUGGCAUCAAAUAGUCAACAGUAGUGUAAACACCCUUCCCCUUAUUUUGUAAAUCCAAUACAAGUUUCCAUGUAUAAUAAUAUCCUAACCCCACUUACUCACAGCUCUGUGUAAUAAGGUUGUAAUUCUGUCUGGUGGCUUAACCAAUGAGCAUUGAGUUUCUCAGUAUUUCUUAAUGACAUCAGAACCUCUGUGAAAUUGCAGCCUUUCCUGUACCUUCUGGAGUACAUGAGUCAGUAUUGUACACGGAUCUUGUGAAGUUAAUGGAAACUUGCUAGGAAUGCUAAUGGCCAUUCGAAGCUACUGAUAGGCGGUGGCGCUGCUCUAAACCACUUUUUAGCAAAUGUAUUUUUUUUCUGAUUACAUUUUUUAUUGUACUUUGAUGUUUAUGCUCAUGAGUUUUUUUUAUGUACUUUUGGUGAUGUUUCAGUCCUGUGUACUCUUCUGACGUCAGAAAAGUACCACUGGUUGUUUGCAGUCUUAUUGUGUAAUCAGCCUAUUACAGGCUUCCAUGUAUAAUAAAGUAAUUAACAUUG